AUGGCCGAAGAUUUGGGUAGUCAUGUUGAUCCAUUGACUUCAACUCUUCCUCACCAAACCACCACCACCAACGCCAAUCCUACCGUUAUUCAUCAGAACCCUGAGAUAAGUACGCCUAGUCGACAGAGCACGAUGAGAUCAAAGGGUGGUAUGGAGGUUCAUGCUAGUGGAGCGACGACACCGAAUAGUAGUUUCUUUGGAAAUGGAAACCGGGGAAGCAAGCAUGAUUUAAACUUUGAUGAGUAUUUUGUUGGUCCAAGAGAUCUCGAUGCUCACUCUAAACUUCCAUAUUUUAUGCGACUUCAUGGAUCCGUUAUUCCACGAAUGAUAGUACCACUCUUUUGGAUUGCAUGCUGGACUACAUUAAUUACAUGUAUAUCUACCUUUUCCGGAACGAAAUUGGCCGUCAAUACAUUACUUUUGACUGUUCUUGGUUUCGUCAUCUCUUUGGCGUUGAGUUUUAAGAGUACUACUGCUUAUGAGCGUUACUCCGAUGGACGUAAAGCCUGGGCAUCCCUCUCGGUGCACUCCCGCAACCUAAGUCGACUCAUGUGGGUCACGAUUCAAGAACGCGAAGGCGACAUGGGCAAAGAAGAUCUCCUCGCCAAAGUGACGGGAAUCAACCUCGUUCUCACUUUUGCCGUUGCUCUCAAACAUAAACUUCGAUUUGAGCCAUACGCUCAUUAUGCCGAUAUUUCCGCCCUCACCCAUCACUUGAACACAUACGCACAAUCGGCCUCUACCCCCGAAGUACUUGUGCAGAAAAAGAGAACCCCAUGGAAGCGCGCUGGAGAAUACUUGGGAUUGAGCUUCGCGAGCAGUAACCCCCGAAAGGCCAUCAAGAGAGCUAGCAAACCCGUCGGAAGUUUACCCAAUGAAACCCUCACCUACCUAAACGCCUACGUCGACGGUACCGUCCGCAACGGUACUCUCGAUUCUCCCGUCGUUCUCGGUCAAAUCCUCGUAUGCAUGAACGCGCUAACCGAUUGUGCCGCCACUGCCGAACGCGUACUUCAGACCCCUCUCCCCGUCGGCUACAACAUCCUCAUUUCGCAAAUCGUCUACCUAUACGUGUAUCUCCUGCCCUUCCAACUCUUCGACGCCCUCGGCUGGGUCACCAUCCCCGGAACCAUUGCCGCGGCCUACAUCAUCGUGGGCCUCAUGGCCAUUGGAAACGAGCUCGAAAACCCCUUUGGAAACGACGUUAACGAUCUCCCCCUCGACCACUAUUGCGCUGAACUUGCUCGCGAACUCGAUAUUCUGACUUCGGUCAAAGCGCCCACUUGGGAAGAAAUCGUGUAUGGACGCACGGAGCGCGUAAAUGCCGAUACGGAGGAGGAAUUGAUGAAGGAGAAUAAGGUGUUGUGGCCAUUAAGUAAUAGCGGGGUGAGAAUGUGGAGACAUCGGGAUGAGAAGGAGAUAAGAGAUGCGUUGGCGGCGAAGGUGGUGGUUGCGGAUCGCAAGAGUAGGGAUGUGUUUACGAGUGCGGGGGAGGGGAGAACGAGUACGGCGAGGGUUAAGAGUGGGAAGAGUGAGGUUAGUGGGGAGUCGAAUGCUUAG